UUUACGACCGACGCGUAGAUGUACUGCGUCAGCUGACAGUGCGUGGUACAAUACGUAAAACGAAGAAGAGUUUUAUGUUAUAAAAGUGCUGUAAUCUGCGAAGCAAUAUGUUGAAUACCUCACAAAUUAUUCUUAGUAUUAUUGCUAUAGCUUUAAGUUAUAUAUUAUAUCAAGCAAAAAAAGUGUAUAUUGCAAGAAAACAUUUGACGAAAUGGAUUCCACAAGUUCCUGGUUCACUGUAUUUUGGUGCGAAGUCUAAGUUUGGGCCCACAAAAGACAGGAUAAAAGAUACAGCCCGAUUAUUAGAUAACCCGAAAAAGUCUGUAUAUUUGGAGUUUUUAAGUAAUUGGGUUAUCAUAACUCAAGAUUAUGACCUAAUGGAAUUUAUACUGAGUUCAAACGAAUUAAUUACCAAGGGACCUCACUAUAAAAAUCUAGCAAAGUGGCUAGGUUAUGGACUCUUAAUUGCAAAUGGGCAAAAAUGGAAAACCAGCAGACGUAUUAUUACCCCAACUUUUCAUUUUUCAAUCCUGGAACAAUUUGUGGAUGUGUUCAAUUCAAACGAAGCUAUCAUGAUUGAAAAACUUAAGCGCGAAGCAGUGGGAAAAAAAGGUGUUGAGAUUUACUCGUAUAUAACAAACUGCGCACUUGAUAUUAUUUGUGAAACUGCUAUGGGAGUGAAGAUGGAUUCACAGCAAAAUAAAAAUAAAGAGUAUACUGAUGCCGUCAAGGAUAUGUGUGAAAUUUUAGCUGUUAGAAAUCUUUCGUUUUGGAAAAACUGGGACUGGCUAUUCCGCCUAUCACCUGAGUAUAAAAGACAACAAAAAAAUUUGAAGAUUCUUCAUGGAUUUACAAAUUCUGUUAUUGAGAAGCGCAAGAAAGAACUUGAAAGUAAUAAAGAUAUAAAGAAAUUAGAGGAAGAAGAUAGUUUCGGCAGAAAGCGUAGGAAAGUGUUUUUGGAUUUGUUAUUAGAAUCAACUGACAAUAGUCUUAGUCAAGAUGAUAUAAGAAAAGAAGUAGAUACUUUUAUGUUUGCGGGGCAUGAUACUACCUCUUCAGCUGCAACUUCAGGUAUAUUGCUGUUAUCGGAGCGGCCUGAUAUUCAGAAAUCAAUCCGUGAUGAGUUGAAAGAAAUCAUUGGAAGCGAUAGAGACAGACCAUUGACCUACAGUGAUUUACAUAAUAUGACUUAUUUAGAGUUAGUUGUCAAAGAAAUAUUAAGAAUAAAACCUCCAGUUCCAUUCAUAGCAAGACAACUUACACAAGAUGUGAAAUAUAAAGAUCAUAUUAUUCCAAAAGACACAAUGAUAUCAUUGUUUCUGUACGGAAUGAAUCGAGAUCCAGAUUUUCACAAUGAUCCCGACAAAUUUAAUCCCGAUCGAUUUUUAAGCACUGAUAAAAAGGCCUAUUCAUUUCUUCCAUUUAGUGCCGGACCCAGAAAUUGUAUAGGACAAAAAUAUGCUAUGUUAGAACUUAAAAGUAUGCUGGCAAAAAUAUUAAUGAACUUUGAAAUCCUUCCAUCAGAAGUCCCUCACGAGCCUGACUUUACUGUGGAAAUUGUAUAUAAAUCUAAAAAUGGAGUCUACGUCAAACUAAAAGAAGUGGAUUGGAACUGAUAAUAAAUAUUUAAAAUUAAAAUGUUAUUUUAUGAUAAAUAACUUAAACUUACUUCACUAGCCUAAAAUAAAUACAAUAUUUAAUGCUUAAUUUUUAUAUAUAUUUAUAAUAUUUUUUUACUUUUUUCUGCAAUAAUGUGGUUCUUAGUUAGGGUUAGCAUAACCUGUGUUUAUAAAACCGUAUUAAUAGAUGUAUAUUGUGUCUCAUAAUGUUUGUCGAAAACUGUUCAAAUAAUAAAACAAAGGAUUUUAAAUUU